AUGUUUCAUGAUGAAGCUUCGGUUGACGAAGACGAUGAAGAAGAAGAUGAAGAAUAUGACGACGAUGGGGAACUGAUUGAUCCGGAAGAUGAAGAAGCCCUGAACGCUGUACCUGCAGCUCGCGAAUUAGAUUCUCGUCGGAGAAUACGUGAGAUCAUGGACCAAGAUGAAGAGGAAAUAGAAAGAUAUUAUCAAGAGCGUUAUGAGAACCAAAAUUAUGUCGAUCGUUUUGGUGAUGGUGAGGCUAUGGCUGAUAGUAUUGUUCAAAAGGAACGUCUUCCAGGUAUCAAAGAUCCUAACCUCUGGGCACUUCGAUGUAAAAUGGGUGAAGAAAAGGCUACUGUACUUGCACUGAUGCGUAAAUUUAUAGCCUAUCAAUUUUCUGACACUCCACUACAAAUUAAGUCAGCCUUUGCUAAGGAAGGUUUGAAGGGUUAUAUUUACGUUGAGGCUUUCAAGCAAACUCAUGUUAAACAAGCCAUAGACGGUAUAACAGCUUUACGACUUUCUAUGUACAAGCAACAACUUGUUCCAAUUGAAGAAAUGACAGAAGUUGUACGUGUGGUGAAAGAAACUGGUCAACUUAAACCUGACCAGUGGGUUCGGAUUAAAUCUGGACUCUAUCGUGAUGAUUUAGCAUUGGUUGAAUAUGUAGAGGAUGCACAAAAUUUAGUUGGUCUUAAGUUAGUUCCUCGAAUUGAUUAUGAAAGAAAACGUAAUCGUGGCACAGAAACAGAAGAUGAUAACAACAAGUUUAAACGUUUCAAGCGCCCAGCACCAGCACUAUUCAAUGCAUCAAAAUUAUCUGAUCGUGUACAACGUGAUGGAUCAUCAUUGGUUUUUGAGGGGAAUCGAUACGAUACUGAUGGAUUCUUGCAUAAACAAUUUCGUAUUAAUGCUGUUUUUACUGAAGGCAUUCGGCCUACACUAGCUGAACUUGAAAGAUUUCAUCAUACUCCUGAUAGUCUACAAAUAGCUGCCGCCGCUGCUAAUGCAGCAGCUAAUUUGACUUCAGCUGUUAAUGUUGAGAUUGCUUCAAACCAUUGUUUCACUCCUGGAGAUGUUGUCGAAGUAUGUGAAGGUGAUCUUAAGAAUCUUCGUGGAAAAGUUGUCUCCAUUGAAGGCAAUAACAGAAUUAUUGUUCAGCCGAAUCAUUCUGACCUACGAGAACCCAUACCGUUUACACCAGUGGAAUUAAGAAAGUUCUUCAACCAAGGUGAUCAUGUCAAGAAUUUAUUUGGUAUCGUAACUAAAGUUCUAAAUAAAAAGUACAUUUGA